AUGAAGCUGUGCAUCAUAGCAGCUGCCUGUCUGGCAGUGGUGAGCUGUGCCAGCAUCUCUCUGGAGGACCUGGAGUUCCACGCUUGGAAACUCAAGUUUGGUAAGGUCUAUGAAAGUCCUGAGGAGGAGGCGUAUCGUAAAAACAUCUGGCUGUCCAGCCGUCGCAGGGUCCUGGCCCACAACAUCCUGGCUGAUCAGGGCAUCCACACCUACCGCAGGGGCAUGAACCAGUUUUCAGACAUGGAUGAGAAAGAGUAUCGCCUGACUCUUCAUGAGAAACAGAUGACCUCUGACUUCCUGAAACAGAUGUCUGAAGCCAAUGCUUUGUCCGCCGUGCAGCAGGGGGGAGCUGUGUUGCCACACUCAGUGGACUGGAGGAAUAAGGGCUGUGUGUCUCGCGUUAGGCAGCAAGGACCCUGUGCCUCCUGCUGGGCCUUCAGUGCGGUCAGUGCAGUGGAAUCUCACACCUGCAUCAAGCACAAGAAACCUCUCACAGAGCUAAGUGUGCAGCAGCUCGUGGACUGUGCCUGGCCAUAUGGAACCCAAGGCUGUCGUGGAGGCUGGACUAACAUGGCCUUCGAUUACAUGCAAAGCAAAGGAUUGGUCAAUGAGACGGAUUACCCAUACCGGUAUUGGAAUUUCCCCUGCCACUUUCCACAAGACGUACCACGUGACAUGAUUGCUGCCAAGGUCACUGGGUUUCUCCAAGUUCCCCCAGGUGAUGAGAGUGCUCUCAAGGAUGUGGUGGCAAAAGAAGGACCUGUGACAGUGUCAGUGGAUGCCAGACACAUCUCUUUCAAAGAUUACACAACUGGUGUGUACCAUGAAUCUGCAUGCUCAAGCGACGGCAGCAACCCAACCCAUGUCAUGCUGGUGGUGGGCUAUGGGACUGACGUGAUCAAGACUGGUUCUCAAGUCAAACGUAUGAACUACUGGUUGGUGAAGAACAGCUGGGAUGUUACUUGGGGAGACCAGGGCUAUAUCAAGAUGGCCAGGGACAUGGGCAAUAACUGUGGAAUUGCCUCGUAUGCUGUUUACCCAACAGUAUAGAAUAUGAUGAUGUGCAGAGGCCAUAGAGGACUUGAGAUGAGAAAUAGCAGUCACUCCACAUUCAGUUC